CUCUCCUUGCCCCUCCUCGCACGCAGCGCAUCCGACCGCGAAAAAGUUAGGGUUUUUGUUUCUUCGCUUGCCGGAGGUACACACUUGUCGCACGAUUGCGUGUGUUGUUGGUGGGAGGUGGUGUGAACGCUUUGUUCCGUCAAGUAGUUGAUCGAUGGCUGAUGCGGUGGCUCGUGGUCGAUUCUGCUACGGUUUAGUGUGGUGUAGUGUAGUUUAGUGCGUGAUCGAUGCUUGGCUGAGGUGCUUUUGCUCAUGUCAUCUUUGGUUAUGGCUAUUCUCGAUAUAGUAAUGGCUGUUGAGGAUGAUGAUGUUGAACGCUCGAUAUCUUCAGCUUUUCAUGCAUCAAUGGAUUCUAAGCAGAGCAAUGAUCCGCUUUCUGCCGAGGACAUGGCGUGGAUCGACUCCUGUCUGAUCAAAGAUCCUGAGAUUCUGGAAAGUAGCUGGGAUUCUCUAAAAGAUGCCUUGCUCGGAGUGCUCGACUCCCAACCUGAUUUUAUCAAUUAUUCUUCAAUGGAAAGUGAUGACUCCCUCAUAGAAGAUGACAAUCAGAUCCUUACUCCAUCAAAUAUAUCAGUAUACAAACGCACCGAAUCUCCUGGAAGAACGGUUGAGGAUCUCAUCUCUAUGGAUAAGGAAGAAACAGAUGAUGAAAGUACUCCAUUCGGUGACAGUCCUUCCUUACAUUGUUCACUAAGAAAUGCUUUUCAACCUAAUUUCCAAGAGUUCCCUGAGGAGAGGACAACUGAUGAUUCAGGAUUGAACGUGGAAGCCCAUGAGACAGAGUUAUCAAGUGCGGAAAUUUUCAAGGUUUGGGAUCUAGAUGUACCGGAUGAGGAAGACGAUUUCGCAAAAGAGUUGAAUAAGGCAAUUUCAGGAAGCUCCAUUCAGCCUUCUCCAUCACAAUUAGAAUCUUCAAUUGCUCAGAAAGACUCAAAGGAUGACAUACUUGAAAACCUAGUUGCCGGGAUUGCUGAUCUGUCUUUAGAGCAAGAUUCGCCGCUGUAGUUUUGUCUAGGUUGCCGGAAUCCGAGGCAAGCCUCUAGUCACCCUCUUAAGUGUCACUGAGGAUUUUAUCGACUUUAAUUGAGAGAGUAUCGACCUGUGAGACCAGCGUGCGGCGAAAAUAUAACAGUGGUUUCAUGCCCUGUUCAGGAAUUAGUUGCAUCCCGAAUUUCAUCUUGGGGAAAAUGUGGAAUUCUAUGUGACCCUGUAUCAUUACUGGUUUGGUGAUAAUCCCCAAUGACUUAUCCGUAUGUUAGAGCCACGCUAGCCAUGUUCACUCUUUCACGGCAAAAACUGUCAGAAUUGUCUCAUUUUCAGACCCAUCCAAACAAAUUGGGCUUCCUUAAAAAUCUAGAGUUUGGGCGACUGGUCUGCUCUUGACAUGAGAGAUCGUUCAUAAUGAACUAAUGACCUCAGAUUCUGCAACUAGGAACCGAGACCAUAAAAAAUACAGCAACAAAAAGACAGAGCAAAGAGAAGUCAUUUGGAGCCUCAACCUCACUCUCCACAUGAAUCCGAGCCCAACAACUCUCGCUGUGUCUGGUGAACAUGAUACAUUUGUCUACUCUUCAAACACCCAACAGAAGUUGCACAGAUUCUGGGUCAACGACAGAUUUUAUUAUAAUUUCUUUAAAUCUCGAGGUGGGAAUAAAUCUUUGUACUCCGACCACGGAUGCAAGAAUGCCAGGUGAGCAGGUUAUCAUCCAUGUGGCGGGGCCUGAUUGGGCAGUGCACAGCAGCCUCAAGUUGCACAUCUUUGACAAAGUUCACUGUAAAUCUUGGGGAGGGAGGGAGUGAGAGUUUGUGUGGUGAAGAGAAGGCAAAGAGAGCUUCCCAACGAGGAGAUAAGAAGAUAAAUAGACAGUACACACACACUCUUCGCAUAUUUUUUUGCAUUUGGACUUUGAGAAGCGAAAGAAGCAAAGCA